GCGCUACUCGCGCCGCACCUCGUUAAGCGUUCGAAUUGUUUUGCGCUUUUUGUCUUUGCCUUUUUCUUUGCUAUGAACUUUUGACGACGCUGUCGCGAUAAUUAUUUUUCAGCAUAGUUUAUCAUUAAUACUGUUGUUAGUUGUAAGUGUUAAUGAAAAUAGUGAGUGUGCUCUUUAAUUAUUUGUUUAAGUGCUGAAGGACAAGGAAAAGUCAUGAGUCAAAUGGUGACGCGUCAGGGCCCCGUCGGGGAAGACAUAGAUAAGCGGCAAACCGCAAGUCCAGUUAAAGAGAUGAAGAAAAAAAUGGCAGCGAAUGCAGAAAAAGAAAAGAUCGCAGCCGAGAAGCAUGUCGAUAAACCUAAAGACAAACACGAUGAAAAAACAGAUAAAAAAGAUAAAAAGGAAACAGACAAACAUGCAGAUAAAGCUGAAAAGAAGGAAAAAUCUCAUGACAAAAAAGAUAGAAGCCUGGAUAAAUCGUUGGAUAAAAAAGAUAAAAAUGCUGACAAAUCUAUAGAUAAAAAAGAUAAAUCUGAAAAGAAAGACAAGGCAACAGAAAAGAAAGAUAAAUCGGUUGAAAAGAAAGAGAAAAGUGUCAAUACGCAAGUUGAGAAGUCAACGGAAAAGAAAGAGACAGCAAUAGUUACAACAGUCGGGCCAACUGAGGAAAGCACCAGUGCGGAGAAGACAGUAAAGCAACCAACAAAAGACGAAGAUAAACAAUCUGACACAGUAAAACAAAACGGCGAAGCUAGCCGUCAGAAUGGCAAAGCCAGUAAUGGUACAGCCAGCGAAUCUGACGACGGCGAAGAAGAACUCGUCAUAGUUGAGCCUGACAAUGACGAGAUGUUCCCGGAACUGGCAUAUGACGACACUUCUGACACGGAGCCAACUGACGUUGAUAUACGCAGCGCCACGAGAAGAUCGCAGGUGAAGGUGACACGUACUCCGGAGACGCCACGACCCGCCUCAGUCAAGCAGGCAGACAAGGAAACAGACGAUUCCAAGGAAAUGAAACUGCUUAAAUUGAAAGAAGACAUCAUGAUACCUGAGCGUCGUCUCCGUUCAUCCAACUCCCCAAAACCUUCAGAGAAGAGAACUCUAGACAAGAACUCUCCGAAGGAGAUGAAGAAAAGUGAAUUAGAAACGAAGACGGAGGAAGUUCGCGCAGAAGAAAAACAGGAGAACGCACAGAAGGCAGAAGGAACGGUUACAGAAAUGGUAGUCGAAGUUGAGAAUAUUGAGGGUGAGUAUUAUUAUAAAACUAAUCAUUUUGUCUGUUUGUGGUCGAAUUUCAUUAUUUUUAUCGUGGGCAUCAACACGGACCUGCCGCAGAGUGCGCCAGUAGCUGCAGACGACGCAUUCGACCCGGAGACUAUCAAGCCCACGCCCACUCCCACGCCAUCCUCCGCCCACGCCCACGUUGCUACCCACGUGACGCCCACGACCACAGCCACGCCCACGCUCGCAGAACGCGACUCAAAGAGAUGUAUCCUUAUGUAAGCUCUAAGCUACCUUUUGAUGACUUCAAUGCUUAGUAAAGUGAAAGAGACAGAUAUAUCGGAAAGUAUAGGAGUAAAAGAGAGAAUUCUUUAAAAAAUGUAAAAUGCGACAAGAUAUUCCGUAUAGAGGAGUAAUAGAGAUAGAUGUUUGAUGAUGUGUGAAAGAGACAAAGAUAGAUCUAAAAUAUAGGAGUAAAAGAGAAAGAAUAAAGAGUGAUUUUUGUACAAAAAGGACAGGAUAUAACAGUAUAGUGAGAGAUAGAGAUUGAUGUUUGAUAUUGUGUGAAAGAAACAACGAUAUGUCGUAAAGCAAAGGAAUAAAAGCGAUAGACUCCAUUCUGUGAUGUGUGAAAGAGACAAAGAUAUACAGCAAAGUUAGAGAGUAAAAGAGAUAGAAUUUUUUGAGUGAGUGUGAAAGAGACAAAGAGAUGUCUUUAAACGAGAGAGAAAAGGAUAGAACUGUUCUAUGGAGUAGAAAAAUGUAUGAAGUCUUAAAGGUUCGUUAUUUAAAAUUAAAAGUCGUUUAAUUAAAAUGUCGUGUAAAUUAUGUUUUGGCGUCCAAAUACAAAAUACAAUUACUUUCAGGUAGAUUGUUAUUUUAUAGCAUUUGAAUAAAUCAAAAGGAUAAAGUUUGUGCUUUAAUAUAAGUUAAAUAUAUUUUAGUAUAGAUAUAAGGUUCCUAUGUAAACUAUCGUAACCCACGUUUUGGCAAUUUACACCAUGUAUUUAACGUAAAUAUUAAUUUCUGUAUAAAUUUAAGAGUUAUAUUAGUAAAAGGAUUUGUAGAUUUUGGUUGUCCAUUUAUGUCCGGUACUUAGAAAUCGUAUUGAAAGUUUUGUUAUAGUAAAAUUUGCAUUUUAAACCUACGACAGUUUACGUAGGAGCCUUUAAUCGAGAGUUCUUAUUGCGGUAAUGUAUGAAAACAUUUUUAUAUGUUCAAUGAAAAUUCUCGAUAAUCUUUAUGUUUUCAAGUAUUUGCCCAUUUGUACCGAAUAUAACAAAAUUGUGUCGAAAAUGUGUCGAUUUUGACAUAAAGACAUACAAAAUCAUCUGUAUAUAAAAUUUAGUUUGUAAGUUUAGUUGUUAAUCAUGUUUUUAAUAGUUUUCUAUAAAUAGUACUAAGACUUUCAUGCAUUUUAUACGUUUAACAAAUAUUAAUUUUUCAUACGGAACAUAUUUUGGAUAAAAUUUCAUAUUAGAAAAAGUAACAAAUUUGAAAAACUCUCAUACAUCAGUAUUUAGUCAAAUCAAAAAUUGUGUAAAAAUGUAUUUCCUUCCGCAUGCAUCUUACUUUAGACAGACAGAUGUACGGACAGAGAAAUAGACAAAUGGACAAAGAAACAGACAAAUUGACAUAGAAACAGAGAAACGGACAUAGAAACAGUCAAAUGGACAGAGAAACAGACAUAUGGGCAGAGAAACAGACAUACGGACUGAAAUACAGACGUACGGGCAAAAAAUAGACAGACAGACAGUAAAACAGACAAAUGGAUGUGCGGACAGAAAGAUAGACGACGGAGGGAUUGACAAAA